GUUCGUGGUCAUGGUGCUUGACAGCCGUUGACGGUCCAGGAAACGAGGUGACGGCUGAUGUUGCGGCGGCGCAUUUUCCCGAGGAAGUGUCAUCAUUACGUUUCCAUCCCACGCACAGCGCGUGGGCCGGAAUACGCUCCUUGCCACGUGUCAGCCCCUCAUUCGUUUCUUCAUCGGUGUUUCUCCUAUAAAUGCUGGGUUUUCCCUCUGAAUUAGGGUUCCCAAUUUCUGCUUUCUUGCUCUCGAUUUUCUGCAGCUCUUCAAGUUUCCUGAAUCCAAGCUCGGCUAACUCCUUGCUAAGGUAAUUUCCACCCCCUGCUUCUUUCCUUUGUCUUGAAUUCUUGCCGAGAUGGUUUCGAUGGAGAUCUCAUCGAGUUCUGGUUCGGGUUCAUCGGGUUCUUCUUCGGGUUCAUCGGGUUCUUCUUCGGGCUCCUCCUCUGACUCCGGUUCACGCUCUUCGGGUGAGACUAGCACUUCCGGGAGUUCCGGUUCAGCCUCUACCGUGGGAACGGUCCAGGCCGGGGAUGCCCAAGAUGUGGUUGCUGUGGUGGUUCCUGGUGAAGAAGGUGCCGACUUGGGGGGGCAAGGGAAUAUGGCCCUCGAUGUUGUGGAUCCUGUGGCUGAAGCCGGGGAACAGGAGCCCGCUGGUGAGGACGAGCGUCCAGACGGGUAUGACUCUGGGGUUGAGGCUCAGGAUGGCUCCGACAUCGAAGUAUUCGAACUUGGGCUGAAGAUAGAUGUGGAGAGGCAUCUGUGCCCGAUCAAGAAUGUCUUGUGCCAUGAGCAGAUCUUCUCGCCGGUGGCCCUCAACAAACUGAAGGUGUUCUUCCCCCCUCCGUCCGUAUACAGCCUACGUGGUGCAACCCACGUGAUGAGGAGACGCCCAGGGAUGAUUAUGGUGCUUCUGGAUUCCAUCGAGGCUGGGCUGCGCUUCCCUCUUCAUCCGUUCUUCGUGGAAUUCUUCUGUUGUUACCAGAUAGCCCCCGCUCAACUCAUGCCGAAUUCCUAUCGGUGGCUCUCCGCCUUCCUAGUCCGUUGCAAGGACCACGGGGUCACCGCCACUCUGGACUUGUUCCAUUAUUUCUACCGGCUCACCCCCCAAAAUUCUGACGGCUUCCUGAGCAUUGCUGCUCGUCCGAAACGGAGGUUGUUCAGCGGAGCACCGAGCUCCAUCCACGACUGGAAGAAUCGGUUUUUCUUCGUGCGGUACGCGGAUGCUCGUCUGCCGUUGCGUUGGAAUGGCUAUCCGCCCAAGAUUGGAUCUCCGGAGCUGACCAACGAUCUGCAGGAGGACAUCAAAAAGAUCUCGACGGGCGGCAUCCGCCCCUUAGACGACUUCUUAACCUUCGAGGCGCUCGCCGCGGCAGGAAUAGGUACCGCCCAUGCUCUUGGACAUCUCCCCUUCUACGCUCGUCUCGGGGUAUUGGGCGGUCCUCUCCUCCGAGGUGAUUUUUUACUGACGUUCGUCCAUCUAACCCAUUUCCUUUGUCUUUUUCAGGUCUUCCCCCAACCCAGGAGCAGAUGAAUCACGAAAAACUCCUCAAGAAUCGGAAGGGGAAGGGCGCCGCGGCCGACGCUGCCCUUGCCAAGGCCAAAACCGUCCAGGCAGCUGACUCCAACUCUUCCGCCUCCCAGGCCGAUCGUCGCACCGUGGAGGCGGAGCAGCACCUCAUUGCCACGGUGUUGGCACAAGGGUCCCAGGCCCCAGUCCUUGAUUCUGGCGUCCCCGAGGUUGUGGCGCCCCUGCAGGCCGUCCAUCCCCAGGAGGGGGAGAAAGCGGACAAAAAGUCCAAAAGGCCCAGGGGAACUGGUUCUUCGGCCCUUGAAGGGCAAGGGGUGAUCCUCCCCUCUCUCGGACGUCCGGCGCAUGACGUUUGGCAGGAGGUUGCCUCUCUGGCCGGCGUGGAGAUGCCUCCCCGCACGUCUUCGGAAGCCUCCAAUGCGGCCCUGGCCGCCGCUCUUCAGGUCGGGCUCUCCGUUCUGCAGUCUGAGGCUGCCCGAGAUGCCGAGGUCCUCCAGGCGAAGACCAAGGCAGAUGCUGCUCUGAAGAAGGCGAGAGAGGCCGCUCGUCUUCAGGAAAAGGAGCUUGCGGCCAAGGAUAAAGAAUUGCAGGCCGCCCUGAAGGCAGCUCGUGAGUCCUCCGCGAAGCUCGCGGUCCUCGAGAAGGCCGGGUUCAAGCUCGUCCCAGCUCUCCCUGCCCCCAAAGACGAAAACCCUGAAUGGCUCGUCGACGAUUCUGGGUACCACAACUCCGGGGCCUUCAUGAUUGCCGCCCAGAGGUACCUUGGGGGCGCCUUUGGUGAUGUCUUCGCUGCCGAGCUGCAAAAGCAGGCGCCCAAGGACCGCCUCAAAUUCGGGGUCCGAAUCCUGGAGAGUGCGCCCCUGGCCGAGAAGUUCCUGUAUGAUGUCGGGGAUAGCUCCUUCGUCAUUGGCUUCAACGAGGGGGUGAAAGCCACAUUGCCGGUCUUUACCGCUCUUCAGGGCCCCCGAUUUGAUCUGGCCGAGCAUACCUCAGACCCAGAGCUGAUCCGGGCCGUGGGCAAGCUGAGACGGGACGCCCGGCGGGAGGAGGCCAGGGCCAGGGGGGAGGUCCCAGAGCCCCCGUCCCCCGAGCCCGAACCUGAGGAGGAAGAGGAAACCAUCCCUGGGGGAUCCCGGCCCAUUUCUCCAAAUUUUGUGUAGUGUAGCUCGUAGUUUAUUUGUUUUGAUCCUGUACUUAUCCGGCCAGUAGAGCCGAAGAAUAUACAACUCUUUUUUGCCUUAUCAUUGUCUCUACGCUCGUGAACUCUUUUUAUCUCCUUUCUUCGUUGGUAGUUUUUCGUUUUUCCUCGGGGAUGUUCAUGUCCAUAACUUUCCUCGGGAUACGAACGUAUGCCUGAGAGCACCCCACAUAUAUUCCAUCCCCAAAUCCGUUCGUCAGAAGGAAGACGUGCGAAGAUGCGGCAGUUCUUUCGAAUCAGUUGGUGAAGACGCCCGUCUCUUGGCUGUUUGCGUAACCGUCCGUGGGGUCGCUCACGUCCACACUCCAUUCCUGUUCCUCGAUCCAUCGGGGUAUGAGCGUAUGCUUUGGGAGCAUCACAUAUGUAAACCACUCCCCAAGAUGCGCGGGUUGCGGCCGUAACCCCCCGGGCCAGAGUUGGCGAAGACGCUCGUCGGAUGCGUCUGUGCUUAAUGGGGGAGAUCGCCGCUUCCGGAGUAGCGUACCCUUUUGCGCCUGCGCUUAAGCCAGGUACCCGUCUCGGACGUGCGUCUGAUGUGAACAUGGGACCUUCAGGCACACACAUACGUCUUCCUGUGAAUUUGGCUUGCAGGUUCGUCCUCUGUUUGCCCCUUCGGGGGACGUUCGUGGCAUCAAGCCAGAUUAAUUCGCAGUGACUGUGAGGUGAUAACAUCGAGGAGCCUUCAAUACCGCGGUGGGUACCGGUAUCCGGAUGCCACGUGUUCCACCGUGAUUGGCGCAGCCUCGCGGUGCUGCCUAUAAGUACCCAAGGCCUUGUGAAACCUCCAUUUGCUCCAUUUCUCGCUCUUGUGCUGCACAAUCAUUUCCUCUCUCUAGCUUCCUUUGGUAUCGCUUCCGACUUCAGCAUCUGUAGGUACCGAACGUCGUCAUGUCUCUGUCCAUAUCAGGGUCCCAAACUAUUGAUAGGUUUGACGAUGGGUGCUCCUCUGGUGAUGACCUAGAGUUCUAUGAGCGGGGUAUGCCACCGUGGCCCCCCCGUCAUCACCUGAAUUUCUCUUGCGUUCGUCGCCAGCGCCAGCGUCUCUUGAACGCCGAUCGUCGGUUGAUAAGCCAAUGGUUCCUUCCCCCAAGGGGUUACGACGAUCGGAUUCUGCGCAACCCAAUGCGCCAUUUGCCCGGCUACGUGGUGGUCCACUUGGACUCUGUCAUAGCCGGCCUCCUGUUUCCCCUCCACAGCUUCCACAUAGAGCUUUUUAGGGACCUCCGGGUGACACCCGCUCAGUUCGUCCCUGCUGCUUAUAGGAUUAUCGCGGGUUUUAUAAUUAGAUGUCACAGCGUUGACGUGACCCCCACCGUGGACCUGCUGCAACAUUUCUUCCGGCUAUCUCCUUUCGGACGUACGGGGUAUUUAACCCUGAUCGCGCGUCCGUCCAUGGUCCUGUUUUCUAACAAUGCCGGGAAUCCGGACGGCUGGGAGGAGCGGUUCUUCCUUGCCGAAGUGGGCUCCCCGAUGCCAUUCUCCGAUAGGUGGAACGCCUAUCCGGUGAAGUCCAUCCCGCCGCCCAUGACGGAUGAGGAGCUCGGCUAUGCCAAGCGCAUAGCUGGUCUUGGCGUUCAGAACCUCCGGUCGCUGGUGGCCGAGCCUUUCAAGGCCCGGGCCGGGCUAGGUGCGUCUAUUUGUACUUGCAUUGUCCUGUCAUCUUCUAGUUGUUACGAUUCUGAACGUCUUGAUUUUCUUCCUGCAGGAGUAUUCCCAACUAUAUCAUCCAUGGGGCGCAAUCAUAUUACUUCGCAUGCCCGUGGCCGCGACAACAGGCAUGAGGAUAAGGGCAGGAAGCCGCUCGUCCCCAAAAUUGAGCCUCGGACGAGCAGGAGGCGGUCAGAUGACGCACCAGAGGACGGGGCUUCGAAGAGGCUCCGCAUUGAUGGUACCGCCUCCAAAGCCAUCAUAGUGGCUGAUGACUCCGACGGUGAGCCGGGGAGUCCCCUGAAGCGGAGGCCCUCCUCCCGGAACAAGCCCCCUGUCUCCCCUCCGGCCAAUUCUGAGGUCCGUCGACUUAGGGAUGAAGAUGUCCCUGCUUCCAAGGGUUCUGACGAUGCUCGUCCCCCUUCGCCCCCAGAAACCAACGGGUCCUCCCUUGGCCUUAUCGAAUUCUCGGGGGUUGGCCCUCGUAAGGAAUCGAUGAUGCUCUUCGGCCAGACCGCAUCUUCAAUCUGGUGUGGCCUUAACCUCAAGGUCCCCCAGGAUUUCGCCGCCCAGGAAGCUCCUGAGGAUCUCCUGGAGUGUGGGCAGAGCACUCUUGACAAGGCCGGGUUAUAUUUCCACCGGGCUCGGAUGGCCUUUGAGAGUCAAGGCAGGGAAAUGGCCCGGGUGCGGGCUGAAUGCGACGCCCUUCUGAAGAAUGCCAAAGGCAGGGCUGGGACGCUCCAAGAGAAGGCUGACGCCUAUGAUAAGCUCGUCCAGGAGAACGCUUCCCAGAAGGAACUCCUUCGGAAGCAGGAGGCCGAGCUUGUAGAUCUUCGCAGCCGGCUGUGGGCUGUGGAACAGGCUAAGGUGGGGAUCCGCCGUACGGGUGUGGAUAAUCAUGUCCCCAUCUAUGAAGCCGAUGUUUCGAAGAUCAAGGAGUCUGGUUCCAUCGAGUUCCAGAAGUCCAAAGCCUACACCGGUGCCAUCCAGACCAUGGCCAGGAAAUUCCUUCCGAGGUUCGUCGGCGAGUUCUUGGCCACCUGCCCGGACCCUUAUCUAGAUGGUAUCAAGCUGCUUCAGGCCACCCCCACUGGGGAGCGCUUCCUUGAUGAUCUUGCCGACGAUACUUAUCUCAAGGGUAUGGUCGGCCUUGUGGCAGAGAACCUUCCUGUCUUUGAGCGUCACUUUGGGGCCCCUUUUGAUCCUGCGGCAGCUGGCUUUGAUUCCCUGAUGGUGGACGCCCAUAAGGGGGCCCUUGAACUGCUGAGGGAGCGUAAGGAGCGCGAAGAAGCUGAGGCCAGGGAAAAAACCAGGCAGGUCCCCUUUUCGGCCCCAACUCCUGACGCCGGCCAAACUUAACUCUCCGCUCAUAGUCUGUACUUCACAAUUAUUUACACUGUAAUUUUCAUUACACAUUGUACUUUCCGGUCAUCAGUGCCGAAGAAUAAAAAUCAUUAUUUGCUCCAUGUCUCCGUAUCUCUCUUUUUUUUUUUUUUUUUUUUUUUUUUUUUUUUUUUUUUUUUUUUUUUUUUUUUUUUUUUUUUUUUUUUUUUUUUUUUUUUUUUUUUUUUUUUUUUGGAGUCUUUUCAUCAGUCUUUGUCCUUCUCUAGCUUCGUGGGUACUUGUCUCCUGGUUUCGUAGGAGACGUUCGCCAUCCCCGCCUCGAGAAAGAGCAGGUUUAUCCACGUCGGGAUUCCCUAUCUCCAUUCGUCCCCAGCCGCGAACUACUAGCCUUCUGGCUUCGCAGAAGGCUUUCGUCACGCGCUCAUCAGGGGGAAGAACUAGGCUUCGUUCGUCCUUGUCGUGGUCCUACUAAUCUUCUUUCCUCGAAGAAGACGUUCGGUCAUCCAACGAUCGCAAGGAGGUCACUGGUUUAUCCACGUCGGGAUUCCCUGCUUCGUCGCCCCAUAUCCGUGGCCCUACUAACCUUCUGCUUCGGCAGAAAGGUGUUCACCGGCCUACGGGCCAUGGGGGAACUGGUUUAUCCUGCCGAGGUUCCCUUUGGUACGUCCAGCCCCCCCCACGUUCCUACUGACCUCCGCGUCGGGAGACGUUCGUCACGUGGUGAAGGAAGAUCAGGCAUACCUCGUCAAGACUCCCUCUCUCCUAGGAGCUUCUUUCUCCCCUUCUCCUCUCUCUCUUUUUUUUUUUUUUUUUUUUUUUUUUUUUUUUUUUUUUUUUUUUUUUUUUUUUUUUUUUUUUUUUUUUUUUUUUGAGGAGGAAAUCAUUUCAACAGCACUUCGGCUUUUAAUCUCCCUGUAGGAAGUGAAGAACAGAAAUAAUCCUUUUAAUAUAGAGAUGACGAUAGGUGGUGUUACAUGGUACUUCGACCAAAAUAUUACAACGAUCUAUCUCUAAUUAUUGGUAGAACUUCUUCAAGUGUUCGACAUUCCAAAUUCCAGCGUGGUUCCCCUCCAAUGUGUGGAGAAGGAACGUCCCCUGGUUGUAUCUUCUCAUGACCCUGUACGGCCCCUCCCAGUUUUUGGCCAUUUUGCCUCCUUCGAGCGGCCUGCUCUUCUCCCUUUUUCUGAGUACGAGGUCCCCUGCUUCAAUCUCGCGGAUCUUCACCGCCUUGUUGAAGUAUCUUUGGGUGGCUCGGUGAUAUUCCUCCAUGCGACGAGCUGCUAGGUCUCUUCGCUCCUCAAUGAAAUGGAGUUCCGCCCGUAGGUUUGCCUCGUUGUCUUUUGGUUGGAAGUGUUUCGUGCGAUGCGUGGGCACCAGCACCUCUGUUGGUACUUUGGCCUGGAAUCCGUACGCCAAAGCAAAAGGUGUCUCGCCGGUUGCCGUCCGUGGGGUUGUUCUGUACGUCCAGAGCACGUAAUUGAGCUGCUCCGGCCAGGUGGAUGCGUAAUCUUCCAAUUUCUUUUUAAUUCCAUCCAUGAUGGUCCUGUUCAUGUUUUCCACCUGGCCGUUGGCCUGCGGGUAGGCCACCGAGGCCUUGGAGUGCCUGAUGCCCCACUUCGCCAGGUAUGCCUCAAAUCCUCUGCCGACGAACUGCCGGCCAUUGUCGGUGAUGACCUGUUCUGGAAUCCCAAAGCGGCAUAUAAUACUCUGCCAGAGGAACCUCUGACAUUGAUAUUCGGUGAUGGAGGCCAGCGGCUCGGCUUCUACCCACUUGGUGAAGUAGUCAAUCGCCACAAUAACAAACUUCCUUCCGCCGGUCGUCGUCGGGAGAGGACCCAGUAGAUCUAUGCCCCAUCUGGCGAAGGGUAAUGCAAUCGUCAUCGGGGUGUAGAAGCUUGCCGGUCGACCGGGGACAGGGGCAUAUUGCUGACAUACCGCACACCUCCGAGUGUGGUUGAAGCAGUCCUGCUGGAUGGUCGGCCAGUAAUACCCCUGCAAGAUGAUCUUCCGAGCCAAAGUACGAGGGCCUUGGUGACUGGAACAGAUGCCUUCAUGUAUCUCCUCAAUGACAGCCGCUGCCAAGCUCGGUGGGAGGCACCUCAAGUAUGGCCCUCCGAACGUCUUCUUGUAGAGCUGCCCAUCAAUGAGCUCGAAGUUGGGGGCCCUCCUCUUUAUCCAUGCUGCUCGUCCGGUGCUGCCAUCAUCCUCAGGCUCGGGGAGCGUCCCAUCCCUGAGGUAGUCUGCGAUCUCCUUCGACCAAUUAGGUUCGGCGAUGGAGAUGGCUUCUACCCGGAUGACGUCCGUCGCCGGUGUCAGGAGCGUCUCCUGCCUGACGAAGCCCUUGAUGUGCCGGGGGAUGCUCGUUGUGGGGUCAUCGCUUGGGGGGUUGCCUAGCUUGGAUAAUAUAUCAGCCUCGGCGUUCUCCACCCGCGAUACCUGCUCAAUUAUCACCUGUUCGAACUGCGCGGUUUGUUCCUCCGCGAGCUCCUUGUAGAUCUUCAUCCUUUCUUCCCUGGUUUCGGCCGUCCCAUUCAUCUGGGUUACCACCAGUUGACUGUCCAUCCUUACCUUGAGACGAGCUGCGCCGAGUGCCUUUGCACACUUCAGUCCCGCAAUUAGCGCCUCGUAUUCAGCCUCGUUAUUGGUGACUUUGAAUUCAAACUUCAUGGAGUAGUAGGCCUUGAAACCUUCAGGUGAGGUAAUCACCGCUCCCCCGCCACAACCCUUCGCACUCGAGGCCCCAUCAGUGUACAUUUCCCACCAGCUGUUGAAAUCAUUGUCGCCUUGGGGAUCGUCCUCGGUGCGCGCAGUGCAUUCGGCAAUGAAGUCUGCCAGCGUCUGGCCCUUGAUCGUCGGCCUUGGUUUGAACUCAAUGUUGUAUUGGCCGAUCAUCAGGGACCAUUUGGUUAUCCUCCCGCUGGCCAUGGGGUUCCGGAGGAUCGUGGCGAGAGGCUGUGUCGUGUAUACGAUCACUGGGUGUGCCUGGAAGUACGGGGCCAGGCGUUUGAUAGAUGCUAUCAAGGCGAGGAUCGUCUUCUCCAUCAGCGUGUAUCUGGUCUCCGGACCAUUCAGCGCCUUGCUCACGAAAUAGAUUGGCCGCUGAACGCCCUCCGCCUCCUUAAGUAGCACAGCACUCACAGCCAAGUCUGCCACUGCCAAGUACAUGUAUAGUUGUUCCCCGGGGUCCGCCUUGGUGAGGACGAGCGGAGAGGAGAGGUAUAUUUUGAACUCCUCGAAGGCGGCUUGGCACUCUGGGGUCCACUCGAAGGGGUUUGCCUUCUUCAUGAUCUGAAAGAAGGGAAUGGCCUUAUCUGCUAGUUUUGACAUGAAUCGGCUCAGGGCUGCCAGUCUUCCGGUGAGGCGCUGCACGUCCUUCAGGUUCUUCGGGGCCUCCAUGUCAACUAUUGCCUUUACCUUCUCCGGGUUAGGCUCGAUUCCCCGCUCACUCAUCAUGUAGCCGAGGAACUUGCCGCCCUUGACGGCAAAGGCACACUUCUUUGGAUUUAGUCUCAUGCUAGCCUCCUCCAUGAUGGUGAAGAUCCUCUCCAUAUCCCGGACGUGGUCCUCCUUCCUCUUGCUCUUGAUCAGGAUGUCAUCCACGUAAGCUUCCAUUGUUUUUCCUAGUACGUCUUUGAACAACAUCCCGAUCAUUCUCUGGAAGGUGGCCAUGGCAUUCCUCAGACCGAACGGCAUGACCACAUAACAGUACACGCCCUCCGCCGUGACGAACGCCGUUUUCUCUGCAUCAUCAGGAUGCAUGAACACCUGGUGGUAGCCCCUGAAUGCAUCCAUGAAGCUGAGCAGCUCGCAGCCCGCCGUUUCAUCUACGAGCAAAUCGAUCCUCGGCACUGGAUACGGAUCCAUCGGGCAGGCCUUGUUGAGGUCCGAAUAGUCAACGCACAUCCGCCACGUGUCGCCCUUCGGGGCUAACACUACGUUGGCCAACCACUCCACGUGGAUGACCGGCCGGAUGUGCCUGAUGUUGAGGAGCGUAGCCGCCUCUUUUUUGAUGAACUCCCGCCGUUCGGCUGCCAUGUAUCUCUUCUUCUGCUGUAUGGGCUUGGCAUCCGGCCGUACGGCGAGUCUGUGGCAGAUGAGGUUGGGGUCUAUCCCGGGCAUGUCCUCCGGCCCUCUGGCAAAUAGGACUUUGAACUUCCGGAGGACAGCUAUGACCCCCUCCUUGAUCUUAGGUUCGAGAUCGGCGCCGAUGGACACCUUCCUGUCCGAGGGAUCAUCCAGUUCCACUUCCUCGAGCAGGGCAGCCGGUUCCAGACGAGCGUCGCAGUCAGCCUGCCUGGUUUUCUCAGUAAUGCUGUUGACCCGGGCUUCUCGCUCCCUGAACCUCUCCAUGGCUUUAGUGUAGCAGGCCCUGGCCAUGUGCGGAUCUGUGCGGGCGACUCCCACCCCUGUCUCGGUGGGGAAUUUGAUGCAUGAGUGCCGCACGGAGCAGAUAGCCUCAAGAUCCUCCAAGCCGGGUCGGCCCAAAAUUGCGUUGUGAGCACAUUUCAGGCGGACCACAACGAAUGUCAUCCGGAUGUGGGUGGUGUGAGGACCAUCCCCGAUCUCAACGGGGAGGCCGAUGGUACCCUCCGCAUCGAUGCAGUCCCCCGUGAAGCCCGACAGAGGGGUACGUAGGGGGGCCAGCUGAUCCUUCCUCAGCUUCAUCCCUUCGAAUGCCUCCCAGUAGAGGACGUUCACGCUGCUGCCCGUAUCCACAAGGACGCGUCGGACGAUCGCAUUGUUGACAUCCAUGCUGAUCACCAGCUCAUCCCUGUGGGGGGCCGGUGACAUCGGUAGGUCGGCUGGUCCAAAGGUGAUGGCCUCUACCUUGUUCUUUUUAGCGGGGGGUGCUGAUACAGAGCCCACAUAGAGGGACCUUUCGAACCUCUUCCGUUCCGCAGGCGUGUCCCCAGUCUCAGCGCCCCCGAAGAUCACUUUGAUCUCCAACUUCUUCUUUCCGCCGUUCGGGCCGAGGGACCCCUCCGGACGUUUAUCAGCACUCCGAUAGUCUACGUCCUUAGGUUCCGCCUCGCGCUGGUCGUCGCGGCGCCAUGAUCGUGAUCUCGGGUUCGGCUGCCUCGGGCUAUUCUUCUUUAGCAGCUGGGUGAACUCGCCCAGGUAGCCUUGCCGGAUCAGCUCGUCGAUGGCCGUUCUCAGUUGCCUGCAGUUGUCGGUGAGGUGGCCGACCCUCUGGUGGUAUUCACAAUAUGCGGUCUCAUCCUGACCCAUGAGUGCCUUCUUGUCUUGGGGCUCCCUCAGGAUGCCCUUGUCUUUGAUUGCGUUAAAAAUCUGGCUGACGGGGUAGGCCAGAGGGACGUAGUAUCCCUCCGGGCGUGCGCGGUCGGCCUCCGAAUGAGCCUUCCACGGAACCAUGCCGCCGUCCGUCUUCUUCUUUUUGCUUGGGGGGGAUGGCCCGCCUCCGGGACCGAGUCUAUCCGCCAAUUUCCGGGAGGGGGCGGCAGGUGCGCCGUCCCUCAAUCUGAUCUCCUCCUCGAUGGAGGCGUACUUCUGUGCCCGAGCCAGCACCUCGGUGUAGCUGGUGCUGGGGUUUCUCCGAAGGUCCCGGUACAGGUCCCCUGUUGCUAGAGCGCUGGUGAACAUGUUCACCCCCAGCCGCUCGUCCAGAUCAUCCACCUGAAGCACCUCAUCUCUCCACCUGACCAGGAAUUGGGCCAGAGGUUCGUCCUUCCCCUGCUUCACACUUGUGAGCGAUGUGAAGCUCUUCUUGGGGGUGGUGCUGGCAGCAAAUUGUGCCAUGAACUGCUGGGACAGCUGUUCGUAAUUAUCAAUGGAUCCGGGCCUCAGCUGCCCGAACCAUUCUUGCGCCGGACCUCUCAGGGUGCUGAAGAAGAGUCGGCAGAUGGCCUCAUCAGAUGCCCCUAGCAUAGAGAGGUUCCCCUGGAAACUGAUCAGGUGCGCCUUAGGAUCUCCGGUCCCGUUGUACACUAUUCCCUGGGGCGGCCUGCAGUCCCGUGGAAUUUCUGCAUUCAUGACCCUCGGGGUGAAGGGUGACGUGAGGGAGAAGCGCGGCGUGGCUGGGGUGGCCUCCGCCCGUCUGUCCAUUUCGGCUAAUCGCCGCUCCAUUGCCUCUAGCCGGGCCUCCUGUGCGGCCCUUCCGGGGGACACAGGAGGGGCGGCCUCGAGCGCAAUGUUCCUUCGUGGGGCGGCCGCGUCGGGCUGCCUUCGUGUGAUAUGGGCGCCAUGUCUUUGGAAACGUCGUCCAAUAUUACUGGCGGCGGGGGGUAAUGAUGGUGCCCCGCUGUUCGGAGGGGACAUCCGGCGUGCGUCCCCGGUGGUCAUCUUGCCACCCAUAGCGGGGGGUACUGGCGCUGGUGUGCCCUCCAGCUCCAUGGGAAGACGGAUUCUGACCCAGCCUCAUGUGGAUGGGUGUCCGGUGCCCGGCAGAUUCCGCUGUCUCAUCCAGGGUCUGCAUGCGGCGGACAGGUGAUAUGGGCGUCCAGAUGGUGUUGGCUGAAUACACCUCUUCGUUCGCUUCCUGUUCGUCCGCCAUUCGGCGCAUUGUUUCCGCCAGUUCCCUCAUGAGUCGAGGGUCACGCCUGGCUUCGUGGGGGAUGAGGUUUGUGAGUCCACCCUCACCCCCAGUCGUCCCCAACGUCUCGGAGUAUUCCGUGGUUUGCCCGCGGUUGCUUCGUCCGCGGGACAACUGCUCGGAGAGAUCGCGUUGGCGGUUGCUUCUUGUCAUCGCGCCUGUUUUGGGUAGAUUUAGUAGCUGUUUCGGGAGAGUUUUUUGGAAACUUUUAGUUCAGUUUCCCACAGACGGCGCCAGUGUUGAGGUUUAUUCCUUCAACCCUUGGACCCAACACGUAAGCCCAAAGAUUUCGAGUGGAGUGAGUGUAUGAUAUCUAACCCAACAAGCAGAUGAUAUGAACUAUAGAGAACAAGAAGUAGCAAGUAAAUGGUUCGGUAUUAUUAUCUCUUAAUAACUCCCUAAUACAAUACUUCUUGCUAAGGGCUCCGUCGGCCGUUCGUCUUACAAGGCAGUAGAAGUGCUGCGAGUAAGGAUGCUAUAGCUAGUGCUAAGAAUAGAAAGUUGCC